UUGGUGCUAGUUAUUGGUGACUUUCAUAUUCCAUUGCGAAGUCAUGGUAUUCCCGCAAAAUUUCGUAAGCUUCUGGUUCCAAACAAAAUGCAACAUAUUCUUUGUACCGGAAAUAUGUGCACUAGGGAGAUUAUCGAUUAUCUUAGAUCUUUGGCCUCUGAUGUCCAUGUGGUUAGAGGUGAUUGCGAUGAUUUUGGCCUGGGCUAUCCCGAGACAAAAGUAUUGACAGUUGGCCAAUUUAAAAUUGGCUUAUGUCAUGGUCAUCAAAUAGUUCCAUGGGGUGAUAUUAAGCGAAUUGAAUUAUUGGCGAGAGAAUUAAACGUCGAUGUUAUGGUAACUGGACAUACUCACCAGUGUCGGACAUUCGAGCAUGAAGAUCGUUUUUUCAUUGAUCCAGGCUCUGUCACUGGCGCGUUUUCUCCAAUUCAGAGUGAAGUGGUACCUUCUUUUGGAUUACUUGAUGUUCAAUCUAAUACAAUUUUUGCCUAUAUUUAUCGGUUAAUUGAUGACCAGGUCAAAGUUGAGCGAAUGCAGUACCGCAAACAAUCUGCAUCUUAA